AUGACCUCGUUGCUUUUCUCGAGCCACAAAUUGAGGUCGAGCGGCGGCGCAACAGGUGACGCCAGCGUCGCAACAGGUGACUCGCGGUUAAUAUCAUCGUCCUCGGCGUCCAGGGCGGGAGCUUUCUUGGACGAAAAAUAUGCCUGGUUGAACUUGGCGCCGAUGGAUUUGAUGUGGAAGGUCGAGAAGAAAGCCAUAGCAGCGUUCGCAAACCCUAGGGAGCAAUUGCACUAUAAAAUUAGGCGUCUGUAUUACAAAGUGGCUUCUCAACGCCCAAACCCUAGACAAGCAGAGCUCUCGCCGCCGCCAAAAUUUCAACGUGCAGCCGCCGAAAAUCCACCAUGCCGUUGUGAAAAAACACAUAACAAAGCUAGCAGUAACCACUAUUUUGGGCGCCAGAGGCAGAGGAUGGGAGGCGGGCGUAGGAUGCACCGCCGCGAACGACGGCAGACUUUAGGUAUACAGGCGCUCCUGUUUUUAUCUCAGCCGUCCUUGAAAAUCUCGCCAUCG